CACUUCAAUCAGUUCGGCUUCGGCAUUGAUUCCGAUAAUAUCUGCCUAAAGUAGUAAAUUAAUUAUAAUAUAACAAUGAAGAUAAUACUCGGCUUUUUAUUGUGCGGCCUAGCUUGCGCUCUGCCGUACAAUAAGACUGGAAAACUCGAAUCUCUUAAAACCAAGACUGAUCUCAAGACGAAGGAAGAUAAAUUAUUCACUUCAUUGUUGCCAAAAGUUUCCAAUCAUACGGGAGUCAAUAACAGCAGAGCUAAAAAACAAGCUACUUAUUAUUUAGUCCAGCCAGAUUCAUCUCAGUGUUGUCCUUGUUCGGGAGCAGGAGCUUCAGGAACUAUUGGAACUACUGGAACUAUUGGAACUUCAGGAGAUGUUGGAAUUAUUGGAACUACAGGAACUGUUGGAACUACGGGAACUUAUAGAAUCGUUGAAACUACAGGAAAUACUGGAACAACAGGAACUAUUGGAACUUCAGGAACUGGUGGGCAUUCGGGAACUAUUAGAGUCGUUGAGACUACAGGAAAUACUGGAACAACAGGAACAAUUGGAACUUCAGGAACUGGUGGACAUACAAGAAUCAUUAGAGUUGGUGGAAUAGGAACUACUGGAACUAAAGGAACAGGAACUAUAACCAAUGAAAAUUAUAAUUACGGAUCAUCAUCUUUAAGCGGAGAAACUACAUAUCUUUUCCAACCAGGAUCGACUUCAUCACAAGGAGGUCAACUAACAACCUGCUGCCAUCCAUGCGUUGUACCUGCUCCACAACCAGCACCACAACCACCAGUAGUAGUAGCAGUAGACAAUCCUCCACCUCCACCUCCAACUCAGCCUCCAAUUGUCGUGCAAUUCGAGUCGCAUCCAGUUCCGCAGCCAGACAUUUACCUCCACAUGAACACACCGGCAGUCCAAAUGCAAAACUCGUGCUCCAACAACACCCACACUGAAAAAGUAGUCGAGCAUAAAUGUGAUGAGUCAACGAAAUGCGAUCAAGACACUUACGUAGUAUUGCCGCCAGCAGACACUCAGUCCUCGGUUAUGUACGUCCAGUUCCCGAUUAUUCAACACCAAACGCCAGUUUUUCCUCAAAUUCUCGUUGGAAGUUCCAAACUUAUGAAUGCGUGCUUGAAUAAAAAUGGAUCUAGUUCUGUUGCAGAGUCUGAGUCUUCUUCUUCUUCUUCUUCUUUAUCAUCUUCUUCAUCAUCAGAGACUGUUUCUUCAGGAUAUAAUUCUGGUGCUUCUUUUGAAGUAACUCAACAAGUUGAUGCUGGGAAUAGUAAUAAUAAUAAUGGACAGUUAUUACAUCUACCUGUAGAAGCUAAUCAACAAGGGCAAUUUUAUUCUGGGCAAGUGUAUCAAUCUGGACCAUUCAAUGGAUACGGACUGGGACAAUUCAACCAACCGGGGCCAUUUGAUCCCCAAGUUAAUUCAAAUGCACCGCUUCAAUCACACAUUUGUGGAGUCCAAAGUGAUUUAAAUUUCAACAGAUUUCAACCUAGUCCAGGAUCUUGGGCAGGAAACUUUGAAGUUCCGAGAGAACAGCAGAUUUAUAGGUACCCCAGUUUUCGUGCUGCUAACAAUGAUGAUCUCAACAACCAAAUUUCUCAGUUAAACCCUGUCACUGGACGACCGGACCAACAUGUGGGUCAAGGACAGAUGGCACCAGACAACUUGAUGAAGAGAUACUUUUCGCGGUCUGUACCGGCUGAUAAAGGUGCAGAGUUUGAUUCUUCAGAAGUAAAGUCAAGUGCUGACUCACAUGAAGUACAACCUCAGGAUGGCAAAGUCGCAAGCGUUUCUCCACCGGCUCAGGUGUUAACUUCGCUGAAGAAAAAUUCAUUGAAAAGUUCUGAAAAUAAUAAAGACUCCAGUGGCUCUAAAAUUAGUGAUAGAAAAAAGUUUAAAAAUUAAUUAAGUUUUUGUGAGUUUGUACGAUUAUUAUUAUUUUAUUUGUUAAUUUUUUAAGUAACUUAAUGGUUAUUUGUAAGAUUGAUAUUUGUUCAAUUUUUUUUAUUUCUUUAAAAUAAAUACUAGAUUAUAUUUUGCAAA